AUGGAUUUUCCCUACUCCAUCUGUGAGGGAUUACUGAAAGGUUUCUCUCUUUCUUCCAUUACAGUCUGCUCCCAGUUCUCCAGAGGGGUGUAUGCUAUCUUUGGAUUCUAUGACCAGAUGUCAAUGAACACCUUGACCUCCUUUUGUGGGGCUCUGCACACAUCCUUUGUCACACCCAGCUUCCCCACUGAUGCUGAUGUGCAGUUUGUCAUCCAGAUGCGGCCAGCACUGAAGGGUGCCAUCUUGAAUCUGCUGAGCCACUACAAAUGGGAGAAGUUUGUGUACCUGUAUGACACUGAAAGAGGAUUCUCAAUCCUCCAGGCCAUUAUGGAGGCUGCCGUGCAAAACAAUUGGCAAGUGACAGCGAGGUCUGUAGGAAGCAUCAAGGAUGUGCAGGAAUUCCGAAGAAUCAUUGAGGAAAUGGACAGGCGUCAGGAGAAACGAUAUUUGAUUGACUGCGAAGUGGAGAGGAUCAACACAAUUCUGGAGCAGGUAGUAAUCCUGGGGAAGCAUUCCAGAGGUUAUCACUACAUGCUUGCUAAUCUGGGCUUCACAGACAUCGUCCUGGAGAGAGUCAUGCAUGGGGGUGCCAACAUUACUGGAUUCCAGAUCGUGAACAAUGAGAACCCCAUGGUUCAGCAGUUCAUACAACGCUGGGUGAGACUGGAUGAAAGAGAGUUUCCAGAAGCCAAGAAUUCCCCCUUGAAGUACACAUCCGCCUUGACGCAUGAUGCUAUUCUGGUCAUAGCAGAAGCUUUCCGCUACCUGCGCAGGCAGCGAGUGGAUGUCUCCAGGAGAGGCAGUGCUGGAGACUGCUUGGCCAACCCUGCAGUGCCCUGGAGCCAAGGAAUCGAUAUCGAGAGAGCUCUAAAAAUGGUCCAAGUGCAAGGAAUGACUGGAAAUAUCCAAUUUGAUACUUACGGACGCCGUACAAAUUACACGAUUGACGUGUACGAAAUGAAAGUUACUGGCUCUCGGAAAGCUGGCUACUGGAAUGAAUAUGAAAGGUUUGUUCCUUUCUUGGAUCAGCAAGUCAGCAAUGACAGUUCGUCCUCUGAGAACAGAACUAUAGUGGUGACUACCAUUCUGGAAUCUCCCUACGUAAUGUACAAGAAGAACCAUGAACAGCUAGAAGGCAACGAGCGCUAUGAAGGCUAUUGCGUUGACUUAGCCUAUGAAAUAGCCAAGCAUGUGAGGAUCAAAUACAAGUUGUCCAUUGUUGGAGAUGGGAAAUAUGGUGCCAGGGAUCCCGAAACAAAAAUAUGGAAUGGCAUGGUCGGAGAACUUGUCUAUGGGGACUACGGCAAUGGUAACGCUGCACUGGGGACUGGACCUCCAAAUCGAAACCAUCACCCGAAACGUUAUGGCCUUAGAAACGGCCACCUGCUUUCAGCAGCUUGUGUUGGGAAUUGGAUCUUAGGCAUCUGCCACUACCACUACAUAGGCCUGGCCCAGCCUGUCUGGACCACCAGGUUCCCUGGCGUGCCGUACUCUGCAUGUUCCCAGGAGAACAACUGGGUUCAAAGACUCUUCGUGCUGCUGGCAGGAACCUCAAAGGUCAUGUAG